UCAGGGUUUACAAUCGCUGGUAAUCCCGAGGAGAAAUGGUUUCUCCUAUACAUAUCACUCAAACGUGUGUUUGUGGCGGCCCAAGAGGUAUUCCUAAAAGAAGCGAUGGGUUAGCUUGAUUAAGAGUAUUUGGUUACUAUUGUGAGAGGGUCAGUUCGGUUAGUUUUAAAGUAAGGCGUGAUGUUCAUCUUUCUCCCAUGGGAUUGGCUUGGGCAACGGACACAACAAGUUUCGUAGGAUUCACGACAGCACAAUCGUUUCAAGUUUAAGCUGUUUAAGGAACUCAUCAUGGAAAAUGACUACACUAAGCACAAGGAUAUUGACAAGGGCUGGGCCUGGGUGGUGCUUGUGGCAACGUCGCUGGGUCAGGUCAUCACUGGUACCGUGGCAUUUUCCACGGGGUAUUUCCAGACAGAGUUCCUGAAGCAAUUCCCCGGCAGUAAUGGCUUCAUCAGCCUCGUGUCCUCCAUCUUCAUGUCGCUACAGCUGACAAUGGGACCUGCGUCUGGGCUGCUGUGUAAUGUGUUCGGCGUCAGAGCGGCCAUGAUGGCGGGUGGCGUCAUCUUGUCCCUCGGCCUCUUCAUCGGCAGCUUCGCAACAAACCUGCUACAUCUCAUGGUUGUAUACAGCCUCAUAGCAGGAGCAGGCUUCGGAAUCACCUACACCCCUCUCAACGUUAUUUUGGGCUACUAUUUUCACAAGAAACGAGUAAUGGCUAAUGGUAUAGCUAUCGCAUCAUGUGGCAUUGGUUUCGGAGUUGGGGCCUACCUGGUUGCCUGGGUGCUGGAGUCAUGGGGCUGGAGGGCUGCUAUGGCAUCAGUAGCGUGUUUGACAUGUCAGAUGUGCAUCAUAGGAUGCGUGUACUUCCCUCUGGACCUAAAGACAACGCGUCUUCCUUGUUGCAGAAAAGAGCAGAAGGAAGACAACGAAAUUAGGAACAGAAGGUUUGGACAGUCCAAUCUGUGGUUUCUCUGUCAUCCCUUGUGGUGGAUCCUGUGUGUAAACUAUGGCCUACAGAUGGUAGGAUUAGGAAUUCAGCUGGUACACUUUCCAUCAUAUGCAGAAUCAUGCGGUGUACCACUGCGUGACAUGCCUCCUUUGGGUACAGCCUUCGGUGUUGUUUUGUCCUUUUCGCGGUUACUUGGAGGUUGUGUUUGUAAUGAUGACGGCGUGGACCUGUUAAUGUUCAUGUUUGCAACACAAAGUCUGUAUGGAAUAUUCAUUCUGUUUAUGCCUUUUUAUGCGAGUUCGUUCACAGGGCUCAUGGUGUACACAGUUCUGAUGUCGCUAUUCUAUGGGGCGUCGUUUGUCCCCCUGACACCUUUGGCUGUGAGACUGUUCGGCGUGGACAAACUAGCCACAGUGUUCGGGUGGAUCAUGCUGUGGGGAGGACUAGGGUACCUCAUAGGCCCUGUUAUUGCAGGGCGUAUCUUUGACGUAUCAUCUUCAUAUACAAUGGGAUUCCACAUAGGAGGAAUCCUUGUGAUAAGCAGUGCUUUCCUGUUAUUGCUGAUUCCGAUUCUAGAUAAGAAGCUAAAGGUCACGGAUUCAGAGAAGCGGGACAAUCAACAGAACCCGAUAAAUGAAGACAAGUUGAUUACGAUAGAAACUUCCAUGGAGGGGAAAAGUGAACAUAUUUCUUCGUAAUCAGAAUAGAAAUGCAACCACCUUUUUACUUCGAUGUGUGUGUGUGUUUUAUCCGUAAAGAUCCGGGGUAGAAUAGGUCUUAAGCAACCCAUACUUGCUGUAAAAGGCGACU